AUGGCUCCGGGACGAGAUUUGCAGAAUCCAGAUCCCAUCGCUACUACUGAUAGCGGCGAUGAUGACGAUCUAGAAAUUAUUUCCGUGCAGUCCGCCAAGGCUCGCUCUAACUUGGGUAUUUCCUCCGCAAGAUCGCGUAAGAGGUUACGGCAAGACAACGAUGGCGAUGGCGAAACGCGCCGCAGAUCUGAUAUCAAUAAUAGUCGUAAGAGACAACGGACGCCUUCAGACUUAGAAGAUCAAUCCGUCAUUACUGAUUCUGAUGGCGACAAUAACAACGAUGAGGAUGAUGAUAUCCUCGACGACGAAUUUAACGAUAGCCAGGCCACAUAUGAACGAUUCAAGAACCGAAACAGCAUUCGCCGAAAACGGACUUCGUUGAAGGCGCGCAAGGCGCGGAAAGAAAGAGAUUCUCUUAAGGGAAAGGAAACUGUCAAGGUGAAGAAGGAACGAGAAGCAUCCACGGGUGACACGCUCGUAGGUCGCGUUUUGAGCAGGAAUGCAGCACCACGACAACCUAAACGACCUAUGAGGGAAUAUACAGAGGAGCUAGUAUCUUCAGAAGAUGAGUUGAUGGAGUAUACCCUGCCGGACUUCUUGCAACGGCGACGGUCACAAUUUGACUCUCGAAUGGAGCGUCUUAGACAAGGUGGACUGAGAUUACCCCCGACAUUUGACAACGUCAAUUUCUCGGAUGACGAGAAUCUCGAGUUUCUAAAGGAGAAACCAGCCUUUAGAGACCUGAAACCACCAGCUCAAUACAAAGAUAUCCCCCUCCCAUACUCACUCGGUCUCAUUCCAGCGUCGAUUGCGCAGUGGCUGCGCGAGUAUCAGGUAGAUGGAGUCUCAUUUUUACAUGAGCUGUUUGUCUAUCAAAAAGGCGGUAUAUUGGGGGAUGACAUGGGGCUGGGGAAGACAGUUCAGGUCAUUGCAUUCUUGACGGCUGCUUAUGGGAAGACUGGAGACGAACGAGACUCAAAGCGUAUGAGGAAAUUAAGAAGAAGCGGAGACAAUAUCUGGUAUCCGCGUACCCUGAUAGUCUGCCCUGGUACGCUGAUUGAGAAUUGGAAAUCCGAGUUUCAGCGCUGGGGUUGGUGGGCUGUUGGAGUAUUUCACGGUGAUAGGAAAGAAGAAGCUCUCCAGGCAGCUAGGGCUGGUAGGCUAGAGGUAUUGGUUACGACAUACGUCACAUAUCGCAUGAAUAAGGAUUCUAUCAAUAUGGUUGAAUGGGACUGUGUUAUUGCCGACGAAUGCCAUCAAAUCAAGGAGCGAAAGUCCGAGACCACUAUAGCGAUGAAUGAGAUUAAUGCACUCUGUCGGAUUGGACUCACGGGUACAGCUAUUCAGAAUAAAUACGAAGAACUUUGGACUCUUUUGAACUGGACAAAUCCAGGGAAGCUUGGGCCUGUUACAGCAUGGAAAAAUGCUGUUGCUGAGCCCUUGAAAAUCGGACAGUCUCACGAUGCUACCCUAUAUCAGCUCAGCAAAGCCAGAAAAACCGCCAAGAAACUCGUACAAAAUCUUCUUCCGGAAUUCUUCCUCCGGCGUAUGAAGACCUUGAUUGCGGACCAACUGCCUAAAAAGAGCGAUAGGGUGGUUUUCUGUCCCUUGACAGAGACACAAGCAGAUGCGUAUGAAAACUUUCUCAACAGUGAUGUUGUGCAGUACAUUAGAACAGCGUCGGAGUUUUGUGACUGUGGCUCUGGGAAGAAAUCCGGCUGGUGUUGUCAUGCCUAUUUGCCUUCAGGUAUGAAAUGGCAGAGCUAUGUAUUUCCGGCCCUUGCAAACCUGCGGAAGCUCAGCAAUCAUCUUGCAAUUCUGAUUCCUCAAGGGGUGGAUCCUAAGGAAAAGCAAGAAAAAGAUUUAGAGAUGCUUCAGAUAGCGGUUCCAGAUAAGUGGCGCGAGCUGUAUCGAAGUCGAGACUCGAUUAUUAACUAUGCGAACCCGGAAUUCUGUGGAAAAUGGAAAGUACUGCGGAAACUGCUCAAGUGGUGGCAUGCAAAUGGAGAUAAAGUUCUUGUUUUCUCACACAGUGUUCGACUUUUGAAGAUGCUUCAAAUGCUGUUCAAUCACACUAGCUACAACGUCAGCUACCUUGACGGUGCUAUGUCUUACGAAGAUCGUGCCAAAGCUGUUGACGAAUUCAAUUCCGAUCCCCAACAAUUCGUUUUCUUGAUCUCAACCCGAGCGGGAGGUGUUGGUUUAAAUAUCGUUUCCGCAAACAAGGUUGUUAUAGUUGAUCCCGACUGGAACCCUUCCCAUGAUCUCCAAGCUCAAGAUCGUGCUUAUCGAAUCGGCCAACAGAGAGAUGUUGAAGUAUUCCGACUGAUCUCCGCUGGUACAAUGGAGGAAAUUAUUUAUGCACGCCAGAUUUACAAACAACAGCAAGCUAACAUUGGUUAUAACGCCAGCUCAGAACGAAGAUAUUUCAAAGGAGUUCAGGAGAAGAAGGACCAAAAAGGCGAGAUUUUUGGCCUCACUAACCUCUUUGAAUACCAAAACGACAACGUUGUCUUGCGGGACAUUGUCAACAAGACCAACGUUGCGGAAAGCAAGGCUGGCGUCCAAGUUGUCGGCGUCGACUAUGAGCAAGAGGAUGGGGAUAGCGACGACGGCUUACAAACUAGAAGAGGAGACGAGGAUGACGAUGGAACCAUGAGUCAAAUUGCUGCUUUGAUACUAGGUGAAACACAAUCAGCUGUUCCGGGAACAACGAAUAAGACAGUUUCAGAUCUUGCUAGCUCAAAAAAGCAUGAUCCAAUCCAAGCUAUUCUUGCUGGAGCUGGAGUUGAAUACAGUCAUCUCAAUAACGAAGUCAUUGGCUCAUCCAAAGUAGAAGAACGUCUCAGCCGCCGGGCUGAGCAGGCCACGGACCUCCAAGCCGAUAUACAAGUCUUCCGAAAUUCGCAAGAGAAUAACACUGGUCGUGGUCGUGGCAGAGUUGAUGUACUGGAUUACGAGAAUGUCAAGAUCCAGAAAGACGGAAAAACCAUUCGUUUCAAAUUUCAUCCCCCAGAAGACGUGCGCAGGCGUCAGUUUUGUAGUAUGGCUAAGAGAUUUGGGUUUUCGAAUGCUACUGAGUUUGCGUUUGUGGUCGAGGGAAUGACGCAAGCUCAACGACGAGCUUGUCUGGAAAAGUGGUAUAAGGAGAGAAGAGGUGUCCUGUUGAACCAGGAUGUGGCUAUCCAACUCGAGGAUAUCAACCAGGACAACCAAAACGAAGAUAUCAAAAGAGAAGGAUGGAACUAGGCAGUUCUCUGGCGCUACGUGGGUUUUGGCACUUGCUUGCUAUUUCAAAGAUACCCAUAUACUAAUAUUUAUUACAUAUUUGUUAUAAAUUCCAAC